AUGUCAGAGCCCAUUCCAGGCCCGCCCGGCCUUCCAAUUCUGGGCAACAUCAACAGCAUCGACCGAACAGACACUACCACCAGUCUCUGCCACCUUGCCGACACGUAUGGCCCCAUCUUCAAGCUUACCUUCGGCGGUAACGAGAGGCUCUUCAUCUCGACCCACGCCUUGAUGGAUGAAGUAUGCGACGAGACGCGGUUUACGAAAAUGGUCUCUGGCGGCUUGGAACAAAUUUGGAACGGCGUUGCAGAUGGCCUCUUCACAGCUUACCCUGGAGAACACAAUUGGGAAAUCGCACACCGAGUGCUGAUGCCGGCUUUUGGUCCGGUCUCUAUUCGUUCCAUGUUUGACGAGAUGCACGACAUAGCGUCGCAAUUGGUGGCGAAAUGGGCGAGGUUUGGCCCCAAGGAGAAGAUCAACGUGACGGAAGAUUUCACCCGACUGACAUUAGAUUCGAUUGCCUUAUGCGCCAUGGAUACCCGUUUUAAUAGCUUUUAUCACGAGGAGAUGCAUCCGUUUGUUAAUGCGAUGGUCGGCUUGCUACAAGAAUCAGGUGCGAGAGCAAGGAGACCGGCGGUUAUGAAUUACUUCAUGCGCUCAACCCAACAGAAGUAUGACUCCGAUAUUGCCCUGUUGAAAAAGGUUGCCUCAGAAGUUGUCGCUGAACGCAAAUCAAAUCCGAUUGACAAGAAAGAUUUGUUGAAUGCAAUGAUAAACGGGAGGGAUCCGAAGACUGGCGAAGGAAUGACUGAGGAGAGCGUCUUGAACAAUAUGAUCACAUUUUUGAUUGCCGGUCAUGAAACUACCAGUGGUCUUCUGUCAUUUCUCUUCUAUAAUCUCAUCAAAAACCCGGCUGCAUACCAUGCUGCACAACAACAAAUUGACGAAGUUGUCGGUCGCGGGCCAAUUACCGUAGAUCAUAUGUCAAAACUUCCUUAUAUCGAGGCAUGUCUAAGGGAGACGCUUAGACUCACACCAACUGCCCCCGCUUUUGUUCUCCAGGCCCGGCCCGACACCACGGAGGAUCAUGUGUACCUGGAAGGUGGAAAGUAUGAAAUCAAAAGGGGCCAGGGGAUUGUCGCCUUACUCUCACAAAUCCACCGUGAUCCAGCUGUUUAUGGCAAUGAUGCCAAUUCCUUCAGGCCCGAGAGGAUGCUGGACGAACCUUUCUCGAAGCUCCCUAAAAACUCCUGGAAGCCUUUUGGAAAUGGCAUGCGUGGAUGUAUCGGUAGGCCGUUUGCUUGGCAAGAGUCAAUCCUCACCACCGCCCUUCUUCUCCAGAACUUCAAUUUCCGUUUCCACGACUCGAGCUACCAACUCCAGAUAAAGCAAACCCUUACGAUCAAGCCGAAAGACUUCUUCAUGCAUGCUACUCUGAGAGAUCACGUCGAUCCUGUCCAUCUUGAAAAGAUGCUUCACAUGGGUUCGUCGGUAACAGUUCAAAAUCCGGAGAAGAAUGACAAGGUCCAUGCUUCUGCAUCUGAAGAACCAAAGAAAUCGAUGAGAAUACUCUACGGCUCGAAUGCUGGGACAUGUGAGGCAUUGGCUCAGAAUCUGGCGAGAGCCGCAUCGAGUCGAGGAUACCGUGCUCAGGUGGAUCCACUCGAUUCGGCUGUUGGUAAUGUAUCCAGGGGCCAGCCAGUGGUCUUGAUUUGUUCGAGCUAUGAAGGUCAACCUCCUGAUAACGCCGUCCAUUUUGUGGAAUGGCUUCGAAAUCUGGCAGGAGAGGAACUGGAAGGGGUAAAGUACGCCGUAUACGGCUGUGGAAACCAUGAUUGGGCUGCCACUUUUCACAGGGUUCCGAAGCUUCUCUAUUCCACAUUUGAAGAACAUGGCGCCGGUAGAAUCGCCGAGAUUGGUCUUGGAGAUGUGGCUAGGGGCGACAUAUUUGACGAUUUUGAUAAAUGGCAAGACGAACAAUUCUGGCCAUCCCUUGGAGGUGAGGUCGAUACAGAAGAGUCUGGAAUUGGGAUCGAAAUUAAUACAGCUUCUCGUCGGUCUACCCUCCGCCAGGACGUCAAGGAAGCUAUCGUCGUGCGCAACGAACUAUUGACAGCGCAGGGGGUCCCUGAGAAGAGACAUAUUGUGUUGAAUCUCCCAACCGGAAUGACAUACAAGGUCGGGGACUAUGUCGCGGUUCUACCUAUGAAUGACCAGAAAAAUGUCCGCCGAGUCAUGAAGCAUUAUGGCCUGCCCUGGGAUGCGAUGCUAACGAUAAAGGUUGGGGCAAAUACGACUUUGCCAACUGGUCAUCCGAUUUCUGCGAUGGAUGUGUUGGGCGCAUAUGUUGAGCUGAACCAAACAGCAACGCGAAAGAAUAUUGUGCGCAUUGCUGCGAGCACUCCGGACGAGCAAGCUCGUGCCAAGAUCCUGGGCCUCGCCGGGAAACGUUUUGAGAGCGAGAUCGCAAUGAAGAAUCGCUCUCCCUUAGAUCUGCUUGAGGAAUAUCCGACGGCUAUGCUACCCUUUGCAGAUUUUCUUGCUAUGCUGCCACCUAUGCGCGUCCGUCAAUAUUCGAUAUCUUCAACUCCUCUGUCAGAUCCAACGACGGCGGCACUGACGUGGUCCGUCCUCGAUACUCCUUCGAAAGCCGCAGACUCAAAACAAUUUCUAGGCGUUGCAUCGAACUAUCUGUCAAGCGUAGAGGCAGGUGACUUGGUUUAUGUGGCCGUCAAACCAAGUCAUGGGAACUUCCAUCUCCCAAAUGAUAUAGAGAAUACCCCUCUGAUAAUGGUCUGUGCCGGGUCUGGUCUUGCUCCUUUUCGUGGUUUUGUCCAAGAGCGAGCAAUACAGGUCCGGGCCGGUCGCAGACUUGCUUCUGCUUACCUAUUCAUUGGUUGCACACAUCCAGAUAAAGAUGCUCUAUUCAAGGAUGAACUUCAACAAUGGGAGGAGGACGGAGUGGUGAAAGUAUUCUAUGCAUAUUCAAAAGCCAAAGAACAGAGCAAAGAGUGCCGGCACGUGCAAGACAGACUCUGGAAAGAAAGAGAAGAAAUGAUCAAGGUCUUCCUCGAAGGUGCGAAACUGUACGUUUGCGGGUCGAGUAUGGUCGGGGAGAGUGUGGCGAGUGUGACGAAAAGGAUCUAUCAGGAUUAUGCGGAGUCUCUGGGGAAGCCCAAGACGGACGAGGAGGUUGAGCACUGGUUCCAGGAAAUCAAGAGUGAUCGCUAUGCUGCAGAUGUAUUUGCUUAGAGUCUCAGAUCUCGGUGAUAAUAGCCCAGGAAGCUCAACAUUUUCAACUUCUGGCUCAAUCGGGAAGAUAUCCAGCCAAAUUUAGGGGGU